UCAACUUGUGGGGCAGAAAAUGGACUCAGAGACCCCAAAAAUCAAAUUAUGGUGUUGAAAAUGGAAUCAAAGAGCCCUAAAAUGUCAUUUAUGGGGCAGAAAAUGGACCUGGAGACCCCAAAAAUGUCAUUUAUGGGGCAGAAAACGGAGUUGAGACCCCAAAAAAUCAACUUAUGGGGUAGAAAAUGGACCUGGAGGCCCCAAAAACGGACUUGGAGGCCCCAAAAGACCCCAAAAAAUCGAAUUAUGGGGCUGAAAAUGGAUUCAUACCCCCAAAAAUCAACUGGUGGGACUGGAAAUGGAUUCAAAGACCCCAAAAAAUGUCAAUUAUGGGGUGAAAAAUGGACUUUGAGACCCCAAAAAUUCACUUUUAAGGCAAGAGAAGGACUCAGAGACCCCAAAAAAGCCACUUUUGGGGUGAAAAAUGGACUUUUGAACCCUAAAAAAGCCACUUUUGGGGUAAAAAAUGGACUUUUGAACCCUAAAAAAGCCACUUUUGGACUCGAAAAUGGAUUUUAAACCCUAAAAAUUCACUUUUAAGGCAAGAAAAGGACUCAGAGACCCCAAAAAGCCACUUUUGAGGUCGAAAAUGGACUUUUGAACCACCAAAAUUCACUUUUAAGGCAAGAAAAGGACUCAGAGACCCCAAAAAAGCCACUUUUGGGGUCAAAAAUGGACUUUUGAACCCUAAAAAUUCCACCUUUGAGGUCGAAAAUGGACUUUUAAAUCUCCAAAAUUCACUUUUAAGGCAAGAGAAGGACUCAGAGACCCCUAAAAAAGCCACUUUUGGGGUAAAAAAUGGACUUUUGAACCCUAAAAAUUCACUUGUGGAGCAGAAAAUGGAUUCAAAGACCCCAAAAAAUUCACUUUUAAGGCAAGAGAAGGACUCAGAGACCCCAAAAAAGCCACUUUUGGGGUCGAAAAUGGACUUUUAAAUCUCCAAAAUUCACUUUUAAGGCAAGAAAAGGACUCAGAGACCCCAAAAAAAGCGACUUUUGGGGUCAGAAAAUGGACUUUUAAACCCCAAAAAUUCACUUUUAAGGCAAGAAAAGGACUCAGAAAACCCCAAAAAUUCACUUUUAAGGCAAGAAAAGGACUCAGCCAAAAAAAGCCACUUUUGGGUUAAAAAAUGGACUUUUGAACCCUGAAAAUUCACUUGUGGGGCAGAAAAUGGACUCAAAGACCCCAAAAAUUCACUUUUAAGGCAAGAGAAGGACUCAGAGACCCCAAAAAAGCCACUUUUGGGGUAAAAAUGGACUUUUGCACCCCUAAAAAAGCCACUUUUGGGUCAGAAAAAGCCGAUUUUGGGACCUCCCCCCCCCCCCCCCCCCCCCCAAAGGAAAAGCCUUUUCUGGAAGUGGGGGAGGGGCUCCCGUGGGGGGGAGGGGCCUGGAAAGGGGGAGGGGCAGAGCUUGCGUGGCCACGCCCCGAUGGAUGACGUCACUCCCCUUCUGGCCCCUCCCCCUCCCCCCCAGGCCACGCCCAAAGGGUUCAAGAGGAAGAUCUCGGUGCUCUCAGCCAAUCGCGGGGCCGCGGAGGCCGAAGGGGCGGGGCCCGGAGGGGGCGGGGCCUCCUCGGGGGGCGGGGCCUCCUCGGGGGGCGGGGCCCGGAAGCGUCGCUGGGGGAACAGCUCGGCCUGCGCCCCCCCCAAGAGACCCUCGAUCAGCAUCACAACGGACUCCCUCAAGAGCCUGAUCCCGGAGAUCCGAGGCGGGGGCGGGGCCGAAGUCCUGGAGCUCCACCCGGACGAGGGGGAGGGGCCCGAGGUGGGGGCGGGGCCUGAGGGGGCGGAGCCCGGCCCGGCAGGAGGAGGGGAGGAGCCUCCUGUGCUGGCCCCGCCCCUCAGCCCCUCCCCCACCAGGCCCCGCCCCUCCUGCCCCUCCCCACCUGGGGGCGGGGCACAACAACCCCCCCCUGAAGAUCUGCAGGACCGUCACCCAGGUCAGAAGAAACCACGCCCACCUGACCUGAAACCACGCCCACCUGACCUGAAACCACGCCCACCUGACCUUAAACCACGCCCACAAUCCUUAAGCCCCACCCACAACCUUCAAAGCCCACCCACAAUCCUUAAACCCCACCCACUGCCCUUAAACCACACCCACCAUGUUUAAACCACGCCCACAACCCUUUAAGCUCCACCCACAACCCUCAAACCCCACCCACAACCUUUAAGUCCCGCCCACAACCCUCAAACUCCACCCACAACCCUUAAACCCUUAAUCCCUUUUUUCUCUGAAAUUUUUCCUUUUCCCCCCCAAAUUUUAAUCCCUUUUUUUCCCUUAAAAUUCCCUUUUUUUCCCCUAAAUUUUCCUUUUUUCCUCUUAAAUUUUAUUUUCAUUUUCCCUUUCUUUCCCCAAAUUUUAAUCCCUUUUUUUUUCCCAAAUUCUCUUUUAUUUACCCCAAAAUUCCCGUUUUUUUUUCCCCCUUUUCC